CCCCAGGUAGCAGCACCCUGUAAGCUCUUCCAAUCUCCAUCCUACUUGUUCCUCUGGUGUACUAGGUUAAAUUUACAAAAAAAAAAAAAUGUCUAAACUCCUACAAAGUAUCGUCACUGUCAUUGAUGUUUUCUACCAAUAUGCCACCCAGGAUGGGGAGUGUGACAUGUUGAACAAGGAAGAACUGAAAGAGCUUUUAGAAAAUGAGUUUCAUCAAAUUCUGAAGAAUCCAGAUGAUCCAGACACUGUAGAUAUCAUCAUGCAAAAUCUGGAUCAAGAUCAUGACAAGAAAGUGAAUUUCAUUGAGUAUCUUCUGAUGAUAUUCAAACUGGCUCAGGCUUGCAAUAAGAUCAUCGGCAAAGAUUAUUGCCAUGCUUCAGGGUCAAAGCAGAGAGACCAUCAGCACCAGCACCAAGAGGAACAAAGUGAAACAGAAGAGGAGGACAAAAUACAAUUUCAUUCAAGGUCAAGUACAGGAGAGAAUAAUUCCUAUUCCAGGGGCUCCAGGAGAAGCAUUAAAUACAGGCCUAGGUCCAGCUACAGAAGAAUGGAGCAUCAAGGAGGCUUGUCUAGUUCAGAACACAGGCAAAGCUCUGGGGAAAGAAGGACAGAGACAAGUUCAGGCCAUUUAAAAGAUUGUAAGACAAACAAGCAUGGCUCUCAUCAGCAAGAGAGGUCUGGGAGUCCAUCUUCUGGUCAGAGGCAAUAUAGAUCCAAUUCAAGUGGUCAAUCAGGACUUAGUAGACAACAAAAAUAUGGUUCUGAAUCAAAAGAGUCUUCAAGCUAUGAGGGAUAUGUGUCUGAAUCAGGCCUGUCCAUAAGCAAAGGCAAAAAUCAAUCAAGUUCCUAUGAGUCCUCUACCCAGAGGACUGGUCAUCAAUCAGAAGGUUAUGGAAGACAAAAGCAUAGAUCUGGCUCAGAUCAGUCCUCUGCCUCUGGUCACCAUGGGUCUGGCUCAGGACAGUCUUCUAACUGUAGCCAUGAAGAGUCUGGAUCUGGAGAGCUUUCUAGCUAUAAACAAUAUGAUUCUGGCUCCAAUAAUUCUUCUAGGCAAAAAUAUCAUGAAUCCAACUCAGAUGGUCAUUCAGGGAAUUGUCGAAGACAAAAUCAUGUCUCUGGGUCAGGCCAGUCCUCUAAUUAUGGAAAAUAUGGACCUGGUUCUAAUCAGUCUUCUAGUCAGAAAUACCAUGAGUCUAGUUCAGGAUCUAGUUUAGGUGAAUCAUCAAGCUGUGGACAACAUGGAUCUGGAUCAUGUCAGUCUUCUGGCUUUGGACAACAUGGGUCUGGCUUAGGUCAAUCUUCUAGUUACGGACCAAAUAGUUCUACUUCAAGACAGUCAUCAAGUUGGGGACACUAUGGAUCUGGCUUAAGUCAGUCUUCUAGGCACAGCCAACAUGGGUCUAGCUCACAAGAGUCUUCUAAUUAUGGACGACAUAGGUCUGGCUCAAGUCAAUCUUCUGGCCACAGCCUACAUGGGUCUGGCUCAAGAGAGUCUUCUAGCUAUGGACAACAUAGGUCUGGCUCAAGUCAAUCUUCUGGCCACAGACAACAUGGAUCUGGAGCAUGCCAGUCUUCUGGUUUUGGGCAACAUGAGUCAGGAUCAGCUCAGUCUUCUAGCCAUAGCCAACAUAGGUCUGGAUCAGGCCAGUUUUCUGGCUAUGGACAACACAGAUCUAGCUCAGGUCAGGCCUCUAGAUAUGGUCAUCAUGGGUCCGGAUCAGGCCAGUCUUCUGGCUAUGGACAAUAUAGAUCUGGCUCAGGUCAGUCCUCUAGAUAUGGUCACCAUGGGUCUGGAUCAAGUCAGUCUUCUGGCUUUGGGCAACAUGAGUCUAGCUCAGGAGAGUCUUCUGGCACUGAGCAGGGAUCUGGCUUAGGUCAAUCAUCAAGAUCUAGACAGCAUGAAUCUAGAUAUGGUCAAUCCUCUAGCUAUGGACAACAUGGCUCUGCUUCUGGGCAGUCAUCAAGCUGUGGUCAACAAGGAUCUGGAUCAAGUCAAUCUUCUAGAUACAGUUAUCAUGAGUCUGGAUCUAGUCAGUCUUCUGGCUUUGGGCAUCAUGGGUCUGGAUCAGGUCAAUCUUCUAGCUAUACUCAGCAUAGGUCUGGAUCAGGACAUUCUUCUGGCCAUGGUCAGUAUGGGUCUGGGUCAGGUCAAUCCUCUAGCUAUGGACAAUAUGGUUCUGCUUCAGGACAGACAUCAAGCUGUGGUCAACAUGGAUCUGGAUCAGGCCAGCCUCCUAGCUAUGGCCAAAACAGAUCUGGCUCAGGUCAGUCUUCUAGAUACAGUCAUCAUGGGUCUGGAUCAGGCCAGUCUUCUGGCUAUGGACAAUAUAGAUCUGGCUCAGGUCAGUCCUCUAGAUAUGGUCACCAUGGGUCUGGAUCAAGUCAGUCUUCUGGCUUUGGGCAACAUGAGUCUAGCUCAGGAGAGUCUUCUGGCACUGAGCAGGGAUCUGGCUUAGGUCAAUCAUCAAGCUCUGGACAGAACGAAUCUGGAUAUGGUCAAUCCUCUAGCUAUGGACAACAUGGCUAUGCUUCUGGACAGACAUCAAGCUGUGGUCAACAAGGAUCUGGAUCAGGUCAAUCCUCUAGAUAUGGUUACCAUGAGUCUGUAUCUGGUCAGUCUUCUGGCUUUGGUCAACACAAGUUUGGAUCAGGCCAAUCUUCUGGUUUUGGGCAACAUGGGUCUGGAUCCAGUCAGUCUUCUAGUUAUGGCCAACAUGGGUCUAGAUCAGGUCAGUCUUCUGGCUUUGGGCAACAUGAGUCUAGCUCAGGUCAAUCCUCUAGCUAUGGACAACAUGGUUCUGCUUUUGGACAGUCAUCAAACAGUGCUCAACAUGCAUCUAGAUCAGGCCAGUCCUCUAGCUUUGGGCAACAUGGGACUGGAUCUGGUCAGUCUUCUGGCUUUGGUCAACAUAGGUUUGGAUCAGGCCAGUCUUCUGGCUUUGGGCAACAUGGGUCUGGAACCAGUCAGUCUUCUAGUUAUGGCCAACAUGGGUCUGGAUCUGGUCAGUCUUCUGGCUUUGGUCAACAUAGGUUUGGAUCAGGCCAGUCUUCUGGCUUUGGGCAACAUGGGUCUGGAACCAGUCAGUCUUCUAGUUAUGGCCAACAUGGGUCUGGAUCUGGUCAGUCUUCUGGCUUUGGUCAACAUAGGUUUGGAUCAGGCCAGUCUUCUGGCUUUGGGCAACAUGGGUCUGGAACCAGUCAGUCUUCUAGUUAUGGCCAACAUGGGUCUGGAUCUGGUCAGUCUUCUGGCUUUGGUCAACAUAGGUUUGGAUCAGGCCAGUCUUCUGGCUUUGGGCAACAUGGGUCUGGAACCAGUCAGUCUUCUAGUUAUGGCCAACAUGAGUCUGGCUCAGGUCAGUCUUCUGGCUUUGGACAACAUGGGUCUGGAUCAGGUCAGUCUUCUGGCUUUGGACAACAUGGGUCUAGAUCCAGUCAGUCUUCUAGUUAUGGCCAACAUGGCUUUGGCUCAGGUCAAUCUUCUGGUUUGGGGCAACAUGAAUCUGGAUCCAGUCAGCCCGCUAGUUAUGGCCAACAUGGGUCUAGGUCAGGUCAGUCUUCUGGCUUUGGGCAUCAUGGGUCUGGAUCAGGUCAAUCUUCUAGCUAUACUCAGCAUAGGUCUGGAUCAGGACAUUCUUCUGGCCAUGGUCAGUAUGGGUCUGGCUCAAAUCAAUCCUCUAGCUAUGGACAAUAUGGUUCUGCUUCAAGACAGACAUCAAGCUGUGGUCAACAUGCAUCUGGAUCAGGCCAGUCUCCUAGCUAUGGCCAAAACAGAUCUGGCUCAGGUCAGUCCUCUAGAUAUGGUUAUCAUGAGUCUGGCUCAGGUCAGUCUUCAGGUUCUGGGCAACAUGGGUCUGGAUUAGGUCAGUCUUCUAGCUAUGGUCAACACGAGUCUGGAUCAAGUAGAUCUUCUAGCCAUAGCCGACAUGUAUCUAGCUCAGGUCAAUGUUCUAGUUCUGAACAAUAUGGGUCUGGCCCGUGUCACUCAGCUAGCUCUGAGCAGUGUGGUUCUAGAUUUGGUCAGUGUUCUAGCUCUGAACAAUAUGGGUAUGGUUCAUGUCAAUCAUCUACCUCUGGACAACAUGGUUCUGGAUCUGGUCAAUAUUCUGGCUCUGAACAGUACAGAUCUGGUUCAUGCCACUCAUCUAGCUCAGGACAAUGUGGUUCUGGAUCUGGCCUGUGUUCUAACUAUGAGCAACAUGAAAUACAAGGGAGAUGUAGGUCAAGUUCAAGUGGAACUCAUAAUGAGUGUAGUAGACCCAAAAUGGGCUUAGUCCCUAAUCAAUCAAGAAGAAACAGCCAGGAAUGGUCAGAGUGUGGCCAAAAAGAAAGAGGUAGGAGUUAUGGCCUAUCAGAUAAGGGGCAUGAUGGAUAUGAGAGUAUUCAUGGACAGUCAAGAACAUGUAGGAAACAAAGCCAAGGAUGGAGCCAAGGUCCAUUGGAAUCUGGUUGUAUACAUUCAAAUUGUAAUGAAGGGCAAUCAAGAAGCAGUUAUAGAAAAGUAGAAAGUUCCUCAAGUUGUGGCUUUGGGCAGUUUACACCCUCAUAUGGACAGUCUAGAUCCAACACUACCAAUACAUUGUUAAUUUGCAAGGAGGGUAAUAAACAAGAUGACUAUUGUUAUAAGAGACAAGGGGAUAACAGUGGAGGGAAAAGUACUUGCCCAAGUUCCCACAGUGUCCUUAGCAGCAUGCCACUCUAUGAAUAUGUCCAAGAGCAGCGGUGCCAAUUCUAAGGAUGAAUAAUAAAUAGAAGUGAAAUUAAUUUAAGUAUCCAUUUAAGAAAAUACAAAAUGAAUAUAGAUAAGCAAUUCAUUAUAAAACUUAUUUUAAGAGUGGGUAUAUAUAUUUCUUCUUCUAAACAUGUACUCUAUUCCUUGUUAUUAAGGUUCCCUCAGAAGAAUGUAGGGUAUAUGGGCACUUUGUUAAGAAAUAUUGAGUUAAACAAAUUACGUGUGGGAGUAACUUUGAAAAAACAUACAAAGCAUAUGAGGAGCAUGGGGUUUAGUCAAGGUAUCUUUUUGAGAACUCAUUACUCAUUUAUAUUAUCAAAGCCAAACUUUCAUCUAAAGUCUAAAGAACAAAGUGUUAGAAAUGCAUUACCAGUUCUGGAGCCAAAGCCUCUCUUAUAGCAACAUGGACCAUAAUUUUGGUAUCUCCCACAUUGGAUGGUGAAAGAAUGAAGAAUAUUCUAAAAGCAAAAAUGCAGCAUCAGUUGUUUCUUUACUUAUCAAAACCACCAAUACCUUAUUCUUGGGUAAAUCUUUAAUCAGUAAGUUAACAAAUUGCAUUUAAAAAGUGGCACCUGGAGCUUCUCCCUUGCCACUAGUGAAAGCAUUCUUUCUUAAAGAUCAGGGAUGGACCCUUUUGAGAUUAAAGGAUCCAAAUGUAGACUCUAACUUGGUUUCAGCAAGAAUGUUCUUGCCCUCUACUCCUAAGAAUUUGCCCCAGGUUUAAAAAGGAAGAGCAAUAGCAUGAAAAUACAAUGUCUCCAACCUACUUUUGUAGUUCACUGGUCUUUCCAAACAGGAAAAUAUCAUUUAUGCCCAGAUGGAAAGCAAGACUAUCUGCCACUGCUAUAUAGUUCCUUGGUUUGACUAUAAUAUAUUUGUUUGAAGUCUUUGGAUUCCAAUAACUGGAUUGCAUUAAAAUUGAUAAUAAAUAUUAAUAAUCAAAUACUGA